GCAAGCGCACUUAGGUGUCACAUGGUGGCGGCGAACCUGAGGCUGAGUUAAGCUUUUACCUGGGGCGAUUAGAAUUUUUCUCUGCAUGUCAGAACUCAAAACUGACCUAGAAGAUGUUGGGCUCAAAGACCAUGCCCUGGCGGCGGCUGAAGGGCAUUUCCUUCGGGAUGUAUUCGGCCGAAGAGCUCAGGAAACUAAGUGUUAAAUCCAUUACGAAUCCUCGGUACCUGGACAGCCUCGGGAACCCAUCAGUGAACGGCCUUUAUGAUUUGGCUCUAGGCCCUGCAGAUUCCAAAGAAGUGUGCUCCACCUGCGUGCAGGACUUCAACAACUGCUCGGGACACCUGGGCCACAUUGAGCUCCCACUGACAGUGUACAACCCUCUCCUCUUCGACAAACUCUACCUGUUGCUCCGGGGCUCCUGUUUAAACUGUCACAUGCUGACUUGCCCCCGGGCUGUGAUUCAUCUCUUAGUUUGCCAGCUGAAAGUUCUGGAAGUUGGGGCCUUACAAGCAGUCUAUGAGCUGGAAAGAAUUCUAAACAGGUUUUUAGAAGAAAAUGCUGAUGCCACUGGCUUCGAAAUUCAGGAAGAGUUAGAACAAUACACAACCAAAAUUUUAAAGAACAACCUUCCAGGAUCCCAUGGUGCACAUGUGAAAAAUGUCUGUGAGAGUAGGAGCAAGCUCAUUACUUACUUCUGGAAGGCACAUAUGACUGCCAAGCGAUGUCCCCAGUGCAAAACUGGGCGAUCAGUUGUCCGAAAGGAGCACAACAGCAAACUGACAAUCACAUACCCAGCCAUGGUGCACAGGAAAGCUGACCAGAAAGGCACCAAGCCUGUGGCUCCAGUGAUUGAGGAUGCUCAGAUGGGAAAACGAGGAUAUCUCACACCCAGCAGUGCCCAGGAACAUCUCGUUGCCCUUUGGAAGAACGAAGGAUUCUUCCUGAAUUAUCUUUUCUCGGGACUGACAGAAGUUGGCAUGGAGUCUGGAUUUAAUCCCACUAUGUUUUUUCUGGAUUUCUUGGUGGUGCCACCCUCAAGGUAUCGCCCUGUCAAUCGCCUGGGGGACCAAAUGUUUACCAAUGGCCAGACAGUGAACUUGCAGGCAGUCAUGAAGGACAUAGUUUUGAUCCGAAAGCUUUUGGCAUUGAUGGCCCAAGAACAGGAGCUGCCAUGUGAGGUGACAGCCCAUGCCACAGAUGAGGAAAAAGACUCUUCGAUUGCAAUCGACCGAUCCUUUUUGAGUAUGCUUCCAGGCCAGUCACUCACCGACAAACUGUAUAACAUUUGGAUUCGCCUUCAGAGUCACGUCAAUAUUGUGUUUGAUAGCGAGAUGGACAAAUUAAUGAUGGAAAAGUUCCCUGGCAUUAGACAGAUCCUUGAAAAGAAGGAAGGCUUGUUCCGAAAGCACAUGAUGGGAAAGCGAGUUGACUAUGCGGCCCGCUCAGUCAUUUGCCCGGACAUGUACAUCAACACCAAUGAAAUUGGAAUUCCCAUGGUGUUUGCCACAAAACUGACCUACCCUCAGCCAGUUACCCCCUGGAAUGUUCAGGAACUGAGGCAGGCAGUCAUCAACGGCCCCAACGUACAUCCAGGAGCCUCCAUGGUUAUCAAUGAGGACGGCAGUCGCACGGCCUUGAGCGCUGUGGACCUAACCCAGCGGGAAGCAGUGGCCAAACAGCUCCUGACACCAGCCACAGGGGCACCUAAGCCCCAGGGCACAAAAAUUGUAUGCCGGCAUGUGAAGAAUGGAGACAUCCUCCUACUGAACCGACAGCCCACCCUGCACAGGCCCUCCAUCCAGGCCCAUCAUGCCCGCAUCCUGCCUGAGGAGAAAGUUUUGCGGCUACACUAUGCCAACUGCAAGGCCUAUAACGCUGACUUUGAUGGAGAUGAGAUGAAUGCCCAUUUCCCCCAGAGUGAACUGGGCCGGGCGGAGGCCUAUGUUCUGGCCUGUACAGAUCAGCAGUACCUUGUUCCCAAGGAUGGCCAACCAUUGGCAGGGUUGAUCCAAGAUCACAUGGUUUCAGGUGCAAAUAUGACCAUUCGAGGUUGCUUUUUCACCAGGGAGCAAUACAUGGAGCUGGUGUACCGAGGACUCACAGACAAAGUGGGACGUGUGAAGCUCCUCCCACCUGCCAUCCUGAAGCCCUUUCCACUGUGGACUGGAAAACAGGUAGUAUCAACGCUGCUUAUCAACAUAAUUCCAGAGGAUCAGAUCCCACUGAACUUAGCAGGAAAGGCGAAGAUCAGCGGGAAAGCCUGGGUGAAGGAGUCUCCUCGGCCCAUUCCCAACUUUAACCCCAACUCAAUGUGUGAGUCUCAGGUGAUCAUCAGAGCAGGGGAACUUCUCUGUGGAGUGCUGGACAAGGCGCACUAUGGGAGCUCCGCCUACGGCCUGGUGCACUGCUGCUAUGAGAUCUAUGGGGGUGAGACCAGUGGCAAGGUCCUCACCUGCCUGGCCCGCCUCUUCACCGCCUACUUGCAGCUCUACAGAGGCUUCACCCUGGGCGUGGAAGACAUUUUGGUUAAGCCGAAGGCAGAUGUCAAGAGACACAGGAUCAUUGAAGAGUCCACCCACUGUGGGCCCCGGGCUAUCAGGACUGCAUUAAAUCUGCCAGAAACAGCAGCAUGUGAUGAGGUCCGAGGAAAAUGGCAGGAUGCCCAUCUGGGCAAAGACCAGAGGGACUUUAACAUGAUUGAUUUGAAGUUCAAGGAGGAAGUGAACCAUUACAGCAAUGAGAUUAACAAGGCAUGCAUGCCCUUUGGCUUGCACAGACAGUUCCCAGAGAACAACUUGCAGAUGAUGGUGCAGUCUGGAGCCAAAGGUUCAACUGUGAACACCAUGCAGAUUUCAUGCCUGCUGGGGCAGAUUGAAUUGGAAGGUCGGAGACCCCCACUGAUGGCAUCUGGCAAGUCACUACCCUGCUUUGAACCUUACGAAUUCACCCCCAGGGCUGGUGGCUUUGUCACUGGCAGAUUCCUCACUGGUAUCAAACCUCCCGAGUUCUUCUUCCACUGCAUGGCAGGACGAGAGGGUCUGGUCGACACUGCUGUGAAAACCAGCCGCUCUGGCUACCUCCAAAGGUGCAUCAUCAAACACCUGGAGGGGCUGGUGGUCCAGUAUGAUCUGACAGUCCGCGACAGUGAUGGCAGUGUGGUGCAGUUCCUGUAUGGGGAGGACGGCCUCGACAUCCCCAAGACACAGUUCCUGCAGCCCAAGCAGUUCCCUUUCCUUGCCAGCAACUACGAGGUGAUAAUGAAAUCGAAGCAUCUGCAUGAGGUUUUAUCCAGAGCAGAGCCCCAAAAAGCUCUACGCCACUUCAGAGCCAUCAAAAAAUGGCAAAGCAAGCAUUCUAGCACCCUCCUGAGAAGAGGCGCCUUCUUGAAUUAUUCCCAGAAAAUACAGGCAGCUGUGAAAGCCUUGGACCUCGAGGAUGCAAACCAGAAUGGCCGCAGCCUUGGGACUCACCAGAUGUUGAAGAUGUGGUAUGAGUUAGAUGAGCAGAGCCGGAGGAAGUACCAGAAGAAGGCAGCCCCUUGUCCUGACCCUAGCCUGUCAAUCUGGCGCCCAGACAUCUACUUUGCAUCAGUAUCGGAAACAUUUGAGAAAAAGAUGGAUGACUACAGUUGUGAGUGGGCAUCCCAAGCAGAGAAGAAUUAUGAAAAAGCAGAGCUUUCUCUGGACAGGUUGAGGACCCUGCUGCAGCUGAAGUGGCAGCGCUCACUGUGUGACCCGGGUGAGGCCGUGGGCCUGCUGGCUGCCCAGAGCAUCGGGGAGCCCUCCACACAGAUGACUCUAAACACUUUCCACUUUGCCGGCAGAGGCGAGAUGAACGUCACUCUGGGCAUUCCAAGGUUGAGGGAGAUUCUCAUGGUGGCCAGUGCCAACAUCAAGACGCCCAUGAUGAGCGUGCCUGUGUUCAACACUAAGAAAGCCCUGAAGAGAGUGAAAAGCCUGAAGAAGCAGCUCACCAGGGUGUGCUUAGGAGAGGUGUUGCAGAAAAUUGAUGUCCAGGAGUCCUUCUGCAUAGGGGAAAAGCAGAACAAGUUCAGAGUGUACCAGCUGCGGUUUCAGUUCCUGCCACAUGCAUAUUAUCAGCAAGAGAAGUGCCUGCGACCCGAGGAUGUCCUGCAUUUCAUGGAAACAAGGUUCUUUAAAAUUCUAAUGGAGUCCAUCAGAAAGAAGAAUAGUAAAGCAUCAGCUUUCAGAAACGUAAACACUCGGAGAGCUACCCAGCGGGAUCUGGACAACGCUGGGGAGUCAGAGAGGAAUCAGGGAGAGCAGGAUGGAGAUGAGGAAGAAGAGGGGCACAUUGUGGAUGCUGAAGCUGAGGAGGGCGAUGCUGAUGCCUCUGAUGCCAAGCGCAAGGAGAAGCAAGAGGAGGAGGUGGAUUAUGAGAGUGAAGAGGAGAAGGAUGAGGACGAGGAGGACGAUGACAAUGACGAUGGGCAGGAGCAAGGGUACGAGGGUGGGCAUCUCACCUACAAGGCCCAGGAGCAAGAUGAAGAGGCAGACUUAGAGCCUGAAGAGGACUCGCUCCCUGCUGCAUCUCUGACACAGCCCCCGAAACCUACCCGAAGUCAGGAACCCCAGGGAGAUGAGGCGCGCCGGGUGCAGGCCGUGCGAGAGUCCCACCCAUUCAUAGAGGACUACCAGUACGACACGGAGGGGAGCCUGUGGUGCCAGGUGACAUUGAAAUUCCCACUAAUGAAGAUUAAUUUUGACAUGAGCUCCCUGGUAGUGUCCUUGGCUCAUGGCGCUGUUGUCUAUGCAACCAGGGGCAUCACGAGGUGCCUUCUGAAUGAAACCACCAACAGUAAGAAUGAGAAGGAGCUCGUCUUAAACACAGAAGGAAUCAACCUCCCAGAGCUGUUCAAGUAUGCUGAGGUUCUGGAUUUACGCCGCCUCUAUUCCAACGACAUCCACGCCAUGGCCAGCACAUACGGCAUUGAGGCUGCGCUGCGGGUGAUUGAGAAGGAGAUCAGGGACGUGUUUGCUGUCUAUGGCAUUGAGGUCGAUCCCCGCCACCUCUCCCUGGUUGCUGACUACAUGUGCUUUGAGGGUGUUUACAAGCCAUUGAAUCGCUUUGGGAUCCGGUCAAACUCCUCCCCGCUACAACAGAUGACGUUUGAAACCAGCUUCCAGUUUCUGAAGCAGGCCACCAUGAUGGGAUCUCAUGAUGAGCUCAGGUCCCCUUCAGCCUGCCUCGUGGUUGGAAAGGUCGUCAAGGGUGGGACAGGCCUGUUUGAGCUCAAGCAGCCCCUAAGAUAGCACCGAGGCCCUGUCUACCCUUCCUAGAAGAUGGUGCAGCAGACCCAGAUGGGAGCCUGGGCUGCCCAUCACAGAAUCCUGGGCAGUUCAUGGUGACAGUGCAGAGCACGGCAGUGACUUUCAGUUCCACAAAGCAGCUGGCCUCUGGGCCCCUUGCUCAUCCUUGCUUAUUCCUCUCUCUGGAUGUGAACAGAGGAACAAGGCCCACCAAGUUCCAAGUCCUUAGAGAUGUUGGGCCUUCCAUCCUGCAGGAGGCCUUGGAGGCGAAAUCCCUAAUGUAAACUCUGUCACCGCUAGGAUAGGGAGGCAAGAUCCCACUGCUGUGAACAGCCAGUGACUGCAGGCAAGGUUCCUGGGCACUCUCAGGAGCAGGAACAUGGACCCUGCAGCCCCAUAGCUAGCUCCUCCCAGCUGCGCCAGCUCCUGCGGACAGAGUUCCCAAGGAGUCUCCACCUAAGGCUCUUCCCCUGCCAAGCACAGGGUGGUAUGGACCUCUAACUACCAAUUUCUGUGCCUAGGGAAGGGGCUGGCUCUGCUGCCCUGUGGUUGUGUCUUUCUGCCGUUUCUCUCCAGGUUCCUGAAGCUCUCCCACAUACAGAAACGCAGCUCAGUGCACUGUUUGAACAAGUUGUUAUCUUUUCCUGGCUCUGCUUUCGUCCAACCUUGAGGCCGGUGUCCCUCUCUGCAGCCUGCUCUGUCUGUGGCCAUCCAGCCUACCUUGACCUCUGGCACUAGCAGCAGGGGCCCUGGCAUGAACAGAAAAGUCAGAGGACUUGUACAAAGACUUUGUAAAAGCAGAGUCCGUUUCUAUUUUUGUCUACUGUUAUUCCUCCUCAAGCCGAGUAAUAAACAUCACUGGAACUAGCUAUCAGGAGAAAGAAAAGUAAAAGGACUUGGGGUUUUUUGUUUUUCCCCUUGGUUUGUGGUUCUGCAUUUGUGAUUUGAGAUCUCAAGAUUGGGAUUUUUUUUUUUUUUUUUUUUUUUUUUUUAAGAAAUGGGGUACAGGCCAGAGUCACGGGGGCUAAGAAGAUUCACCAGAGAGAGUGGGGAGCAGAACAGGCAGAUGUACACCACUGCUGAGGAAAGUAGCGGGUGAGACAGGAGAGGUCUGCUGUGCCAUGUGGGUUGCCCCCCAACUCACACUGCAAAGGCUGUGGACAGCCUCACAGCACUGUGCUCAACCCCCUGCACCACCAGGGAGGCCCUGGGAUUUCUUAGAAGUCAAAUUUUGGUUUCUUCCUAAUCUUGUGAGAGGCUGAGAGCUCAGCUCCUGCAGCCACCCCUGCAUACUCCUCUCCCAGAAACAGCUUCUGCUCAAUGGCCAGGAGAGUAGAAGCUAGUGGAAGUUGCUGUGUGUGUCCACAGUGGGAAGGCUGCCGACGAGAUCUCAGGAGUGGGCCUGGGGGUGAAAGGGAGAACUGGCCUGGAACAGUAGCCAUGAUGCUCCCUCCAGGCACAUCACCUCAGCCUCUGCCACCUCUGCCCUGACUGGGAGAAGAAGGUCCCCCGGGCUUAUGUGCAGAAGUAUAUGAACAGCAUCACAGGGGUGAGGGAGAAAGGCCACUGUGGGACCCUGUACCACAGAUUAAGAUGUGUGUCUUGAAAUUAAAGAGCCAGUUCACUGCUUGAUUUUCACUCAGAUAGGAAUUGUGGAGAGAGUCCUCCAAGGGGAUCAUAAGGUAACCUGGUGGACUGGUUGUGUGGGCUAAGGCUCUGCUAAAGCACAGAAGUUCCAUUGCUCAGCCCCACCCAGGCUUGAGGGUUCAAAGUGAAGGAGCAAGCCUGGAAUAAAGGCAGGGUGUCACUCAUGCACUUGGGAGUCAGACCCCUGAGCUCUAUUGGGAGGUGAGGGGACAGCCCCUGCCCUUGCUACCUGGUCAGGCCACAUGUUUCCUGAGCGGCGAUUUUGCACUUCCUUCCUAGGGUGUGUAAGCGACGUUUCAGGGCUUGCACAUCUUAAUGAGCUGGCAUCUGUCACUGUCCCCCCUUGCAGGAUGACGUGCUCAUCCCAGUGGCUCUGGUCAGAAGCCUAAGAGUGGCCUCCUUGGUCAUUUUAGAUGGCAGAGUCUAUGGAAUAUUCUCACUAUUGUAAACACUUUAUCAGAGGGCACAUUUGGUUUUUGGAAAGAGCCACAAGUAGGUCCGGCAUGUAUCAAGGUGCAUCAUCAUUUUUAAACAAAUAGAAUGGAGGAAGAGUGGUUGACAAGUGUCAUGGCCUAUGAGUCUCUCAGAUCCCUGAGACACCACAGCAGCCACAGUCUUGGUGGCUGUCCUUGGUGCCUUACCCCACGUGUGGCAAUAUCUCACCUCUUGGUUUUGGUUUUUUUUUUAAAGAUUUAUUUUAUUUAUACAAGAACCAGGGUACAGGCCAGAUGCGCGGGAAGGUGAGAGGACUCACCAGAGACAGAGCUGGGGACAGAACAGGCAGACUGAAGAAAUAUACUGCCGAGGGGAGCAGCGGGCAAGACAGGAGAGAUCUGCCCGCCAUGUGGGUUGCUCCGAGACUGGCGGGGAUCUAACCGGUACUGCAGAGGCUGCGGGCAGCCACACAGCGCUGCGCUCAACGGCCUGCACAACCAGGGAGGCCCUUACCUCUUGUUAACACGUUAAUGUUUUUGAAGUCUCCCCUUCCUGGGUUUUACCAGCACACUACCAACAUUCCCACAGCUAGCCCUGUGUAUCUUUGAGGUACCUCCUAUCUGAAUCAGGAAGAAAACUGAGGAAUGAAUGAAGUACUUUGUCCAUUCCCUGUUUGGAACUCAAACUUUCUCUUCACUGUCCCCGGUCCGCAAAUACAUUACAAAAUACAUAGAUUCCUCCCUGGCUUCUGUGGUCCUUUCUGGGCUUCCAGUCCUUUAUACUAAUGAACCAUUUCCUCCGAAAGUGUCAACUCCUUUCUGUGUUUCCAUCCCAGACAGGGUUGUGGAUUUGGGUUUUUCUUAAUUUUGGUAAAGUACACUUAAGAAAAUUUACCAUCUUAAUGAGUUAAGAUCAGUAGCCUUAAGUAGCCACGUUAUUAUAUAAACCACACCUCCUCCCUUCCCCAUCCACAGAACUCAUCUUGUAAUACUGAAACUUCAUACUCGUUAAACACCAUUCCCCUCCCUGCCCCCCAGCCCCUGGCAGCCACCAUUCUAACUUUCCCAAUUAACUAUCUGAGGUGCCUCCUAUAAAUGGAAUCAUAGUAUUUUCCUUCUGUGAUUGGCUUGUUUUGCUUAAUGUCGUAUCUUCAAGUUUCAUCCAUGCUGUAGUGUAUGUCCACAUGCCCUUUCUUCUUAAGACUUAAAUAACAUUCUGCUGUAUGUACACAUCAUAUUUUAUCUAUCCAUUCAUC